CCUGGUAGUUCUAAAAUUAAGAAAUGGCCCUCACUGUCUUCGGAGUUUUUUUCUAGUUUCCUCCUCUCGGAAUCGAUUGCGUUUCAAUUCAGCUGGUGGAGGUUUCAUUACAUCGACGAUGGGAAGGCGAUCCAUAAGGGUUGCACUUCUCGUCUUUUCUCUUCUUCUUUCUUUGCGACCCCACACAGUUUCUUCCACUCUUCCUCUUCAAUCAUUGAAUCAGGGUUCUAAUUCUGCCAGUGGAAGUACUCCGAAGCAGGACUGGAACAAUGCUCAUGAGGUACAUUGCUCGAGAGAAAGGAGUAGGGCGGCAUGGAAAGUAAUUGAGGAGUAUCUAAUGCCCUUCGUGGAAAAAAAGAAAUACGAGAUUUCUACUAAGUGCAGGCUUCACCCUGAUAACGACAUGUUCAGAGAUCAAGAACAGCACAAGAGCCAUCUAGAUUUUAAUGACUGGAAGUGUGGAUAUUGUAGAAAAAGAUUCUACGAAGAAAAGUAUAUCGAUCAGCAUUUUGACAAUCGACACUAUAAUUUGCUCAAUGUGAGUCGAAAUAGAUGCUUGGCCGAUCUCUGUGGUGCAUUGCACUGUGACCAUGUGAUUGAUGCAGUAUCACAGAAAAGUAAAUGCAAUCCUGCUGCUGCCGCAAGAAAUAAACAUAUGUGUGAGGGUCUUGCUGACAGCUGUUUUCCUGUCGAUGAGGGAGCUUUGGCCAGCCAUCUUCAUGAAUUCUUCCUGCGCCAGUUCUGUGAUGCACACACAUGUAGCGGAAAGCCAAAACCUUUCUCCAGAGGUCGACAGGUUCGGACGAGUGUGUUCUACAUUGUUAUUUCAGUUUUGACAAUCCUUUUUGUUAUGUUUUUCUAUGUCUUCUUUUACUUGUAUAACAGGGGAAUGAGAACUCGACCACAGGUGCUGAAGCGUCUCUCACAAAGUGGAAGAAAGAAAAAACCUUCUUAGAUAGAACCUUUUUGCUCAUUCAAUAUGUUGAUUUAUUUUCAACACAUUGUUAAGAGGAAGAGUGAGAGGGCAAAGCUUAUUCGUUUACUCGGUUUCCUUUCAUCUGUACCUAUAGAAUUCUCAAUACAGAUUCAAGUCCUAGAGAUGAAUGGGAUCUUGUGUAUCAUAACAUUUGUUUGAGAAAUAUCAACCAUUUCAUCAAGGUUAACUUCA